UACUUCAACUUAUUUCUUUUUGACUUACAUUUGUUCACUCUUAUUAGCAAUAUCAUCGAAAUGGCACGGUCGUUCAAUUGUUUAUUUCUAAACCCUGAAAUUCUAAUUCCGGUUUCCUUUUUCAAUGAUAAUACUGAAAAGUUCACCAUUCUUCAACAAUAUGAUCAUAAACUAAAAGUCUACUUAAGCGAACUUACAGUUGUACUUCUCAAAAAUGAUAUUUGUAGUAAGGCAAAUGUUAAUUCCAACAAUAUGAAACUUUGGAAAGUUAAUGUUAAGAAAAGAGAAAUCAAAGAUAAAAAUGUUUCUACCGAAGAAGACAUUGUACAAAAACUUGGUGGAAAAGAAAUGGAACUUGAAGAACUGUUUGAAGAAUAUUUUAAAGAUGAAUUAAAUAAUCAAAAUUAUAUAGUGUCUAACAUCCACAUUAUUGCCAUCUCCGCUACUGAUAAAAAAUUGGGAGACAUUGACUAACUGAUUUCACUUCUUCCUCUUCCUUCACACAUAUUUGACUACAUCAUAUUCACUAGAGUGGAGCAUUGCUAUUUUUAAGCCAGAUAAAGCUCAUCCUUACUAUAAUGCCAUCCGAGAUCUCCAAAUUCCCUCAAAUCCCAAAUACAAACAAAGACCUUUACUCCUCAUGAAUGAUCUUCCUACAAUAAAUGGAAAUGAUGGGCUAACCGACACUACUGUUUUAGAAGACCUUUCACAGAUAAAAGAGAUCAUGAUAGUCAUGGGGACUUCUGGCUCUGGGAAGACAAGGACAUACAGGUCUUGUAAAGGAGAAUCCGGGUUCG